CAGAGCACGUGAGCUUAACCACUAUGCCACCAGGCCGGCCCCGUCUAAUUAAGUUUUAAAUGGUUUCUUCAUCAUGAAGGUGUUAGAAUAAAGCAUUAGAGGAGGGGAGAUGCCUCAGCUCAGGUAGGGUCUGAAGGCCAGGGAGAUGCAUGGGGCCUGGCUCAAGUUCCCUCUCCAGCCACUCCAGCCUUCCCUCCUCUGGACAGCUGUCUUGGGCUCUCGAGACCCUUUGUGUUGUUCGUCCUGCCAGAGUGGCACUCUUUAAAUGUGUGACGUGUUCUCUAUUUCUGCUUACACCUUCCACCCCGCCUGGGGGCUGCGGUGGCCCACAGUGGGCCAGCUUCAUGGGGCCUGCUCCCCCUAUGAAGUCCUGUAGCUGGAGAGCCCCCCACCCCUGGGGGGGUGAGUGGAGCUGGAAGGAAACUAGCAUUAUUGAGCUCUUCUGUGUGCACCACACUCAGCUCCUUAAUCCUUAUGGCAACCUCAUUUGAUGCCUAAGGAGCAGCCGCUCAGACCAGUCCAUAUCUCUUCCAGGGCACUUUGGCUGGAAGUGGUGACAGUGAGAUCUCUUUGCUGGUAGGUUCUGCUGUGUUGUGCCAGGUCUAGGCAGGAGGCAGGGCCUCUGGUGCCUAAGUGACAGGCCCACUGGCCUGAGAUCCAGUUCCCUGUCAGGCCUUCCAGGGACCCAGCUGUCCCUGCUGCCUCUCCACCCACACAGCACCCCCACGAACUGUCUCCUCCUUCCUGACCGCCAGUCACCGGCUUGGAUGACCGGUUCCAGGCUCCCCUUGCACAUGCGUGUGUGCACAUGUGUUUGCCCUGAGUUUUACGUGUCAGUGCACACACCCCUACGCAAAACCUCUGCAUCUGAAGCCACGGGUGCUUUUCCCACCUUCAGAAAUAUCUGCAGCAGAAGGUGGGAAGUAGUCAGAUGUAAGCAAGCACCCGCUCUUCCUCUGAGGGAGGGUACCACGCCUCCAGCUGCUCCCCUUCCCAGCCUCAGCAUCCUGGAAGUGGGAUGGGGGGCAAAGAGCCUCCGUGGCCAGCUGAGGGCACCUGCCUGGAAGGUGGUAGGAGACACAGCCUCCUGCAGCUCCAGGAACAGGCAGCCAGCCUGCUGGCGCAACAGCCAGUGCACCCCAGGUGCCCAGGGCGGCCCGGCGGGGCGUGGCCAUGAACGAGCAGGCCCAGCCACGGAGGAGGGAGAGCUGCACCCAGGAGGGCGAGAAGUGAUGCCCAGCCGUCCCUGCAUAGAAGGACUGCCCUGGGAGGGUGGCUCCCCAGGCGCUGGCCGGGCUGCUGACCCUCAGCCUGCAAACCGCUAAGAGCAGGACUCCAGACUCCUCUUGUGGAUGUUCCCCCGCCCUGUGGCUCCACCAUGAGGCUCUUCGUGGCCCCCCUCUUGCUGGCUUGGGUGGCCGGUGCCACCGCUGCUGUGCCCGUGGUGCCCUGGCGUGUGCCCUGCCCCCCUCAGUGUGCCUGCCAGAUCCGGCCCUGGUAUACGCCCCGCUCGUCGUACCGUGAGGCCACCACCGUGGACUGCAAUGACCUGUUCCUGACGGCUGUGCCCCCAGCGCUGCCUGUGGGCACGCAGACCCUGCUCCUGCAGAGCAACAGCAUCGUCCGCGUGGACCAGAGUGAGCUCGCCUACCUGGCCAACCUCACAGAGCUGGACCUGUCCCAGAACAGCUUUUCUGAUGCCCGGGACUGUGAUCUCCGUGCCCUGCCUCAGCUGCUGAGCCUGCACCUGGAGGAGAACCAGCUGAGCCAGCUGGAGGACCACAGCUUUGCAGGGCUGGCCAGCCUGCAGGAGCUCUAUCUCAACCACAACCAGCUGUACCGCAUUGCCCCCAGGGCCUUCGCUGGCCUCAGCAACCUGCUGCGGCUGCACCUCAACUCCAACCUGCUGAGGGCUGUGGACAGCCGCUGGUUCGAGAUGCUGCCCAACCUGGAGAUCCUGAUGAUUGGCGGCAACAAGGUGGAUGCCAUCCUGGACAUGAACUUCCGGCCGCUGGCCAACCUGCGCAGCCUGGUGCUAGCAGGCAUGAGCCUGCAGGAGAUCUCCGACUACGCCCUGGAGGGGCUGCAGAGCCUGGAGAGCCUCUCCUUCUACGACAACCAGCUGGCCCGGGUGCCCAGGCGGGCACUGGAACAGGUGCCGGGGCUCAAGUUCCUCGACCUGAACAAGAACCCGCUCCAGCGGGUGGGGCCGGGGGACUUUGCCAACAUGCUGCACCUCAAGGAGCUUGGGCUGAACAACAUGGAGGAGCUGGUUUCCAUUGACAAGUUUGCCCUGGUCAACCUGCCCGAGCUGACCAAGCUGGAUAUCACCAACAACCCCCGGCUGUCCUUCAUCCACCCCCGCGCCUUCCACCACCUGCCCCAGAUGGAGACCCUCAUGCUCAACAACAACGCUCUCAGUGCCUUGCACCAGCAGACAGUGGAGUCCCUGCCCAACCUGCAGGAGGUGGGUCUCCAUGGCAACCCCAUCCGCUGUGACUGUGUCAUCCGCUGGGCCAAUGCCACCGGCACCCAUGUCCGCUUCAUCGAGCCGCAGUCCACCCUGUGUGCUGAGCCGCCAGACCUCCAGCGCCUCCCGGUCCGUGAGGUGCCCUUCCGGGAGAUGACGGACCGCUGCCUGCCCCUCAUCUCCCCCCGCAGCUUCCCCUCCAGCCUCCAGGUGGUCAGUGGAGAGAGCCUGAUGCUGCACUGCCGGGCGCUGGCUGAACCGGAACCCGAGAUCUACUGGGUCACUCCAGCUGGGGUUCGACUGACGGCUGCCCGUGCAGGCCGGAAGUACCGGGUAUACCCGGAGGGGACCCUGGAGCUGCGGAGGGUGACCGCAGAGGAGGCAGGGCUGUACACCUGUGUGGCCCAGAACCUGGUGGGGGCUGACACUAAGACGGUCAGUGUAGUUGUUGGCCGGGCUCCCCUGCAGCCAGGCAGGGGCAAGGGAUGGGGGCUGGAGCUCCGAGUGCAGGAGACCCACCCUUAUCACAUCUUGCUAGCUUGGGUUCCCCCACCCAACACAGUCUCCACCAACCUCACCUGGUCCAGCACCUCCUCCCUCCGGGGCCAGGGGGCCACUGCUCUGGCCCGCCUGCCACGGGGCACUCACAGCUACAACAUCACUCGCCUCCAUCAGGCCACGGAGUACUGGGCCUGCUUGCAAGUGGCCUUUGCUGAUGCCCACACCCAGUUGGCAUGUGUAUGGACCAGGACUAAAGAGGCCGCUCCUUGCCACAGAGCCUUAGGGGACCGACCUGGGCUCAUAGCCAUCCUGGCUCUCGCUGUCCUCCUGCUGGCAGCCGGGCUAGCAGCCCACCUUGGCACUGGCCAGCCCAGGCAGGGCAUCAGGGGGCGGCCUCUCCUUCCAGCCUGGGCUUUCUGGGGCUGGAGUGCCCCCUCAGUCCGGGUGGUGUCUGCACCUCUUGUCCUACCCUGGAAUCCAGGGAGGAGGCUGUCCUGGUCCUCCGAAGGGGAGACCCUGUCACCACCAUUAUUGCAAAAUUCCUGAAGCUCAGCCUGUUCUCAGCAGUAGAGAAAUAACUAGGACUACUUUUUACCUAAAGGGAAGCAGUCUGAGCCAGAUGCCCUGCCAGGAGAGUGACAUGGACCCAUGUGCUUGAGGCCUGGCAGCUGGACCAAGACAGAUGGGGCUUCGUGGCCUCAAGGGGUGCUCCUGCAUCCUGAGGAGCCCCUCCAAGGGUGAGGAAGGACUCUGCCUUGAGCCUUCCGCCUCCCCAGUGGUCUACGUGCCCAGAGGCUCCUGGGCUCCACCUGGCUGUCCCCUGCCCGUGUCCCCGGCCCUUGGCCCCCAGGAUGUGCCCUCCUCUCCUCUUUCUUUGUACAGUCUCAGCUGCUUGCUCUUUCCCCUCCUGGGCAAGGGCUGAAGGAGGCCUCCCCUCCCCACCUCGUGGGACGGCUCCCAGAGUGGAUCCCCAGCCGGAUCUGAAGGACAUCUGGGGAGAGGGACGCCUGCGAAGGCAGCCCGGUGGUCAGCACUCCGAGCUUGGCUUUCUGCAGGCAAUUUUGUACCUUUGUGGAGAAAUGUGUCACCUCCCCCCAAUCCAAUUCACUCUUUUCUCCUGUUUUGUAAAAAAUAAAAAUAAAUAAGAACAACAAUGAUAAGGGGGGAA